AUGGACCUUGUUCAGAAAGAGCAUGAGCGGCUCUCGAAGAAGCUGAAAUCAUCCCAGAGCAUCAAAAAUGUCCAGAAUGCAAUCGAUUUGCUGCAGGCCGCCCGGGACAAAAUCGCUUCAGAUCCAAAUCAAGCGUCUAUAACCUUGGCUAAGCUUCAAAAUCCGAUCAAGUCGUCAUUUGAUGCUAUUAAUGACAAUCUCAAGGAGACACACAGCGGUCUCAAUAAGUACUCCAAAUCUUUAGACAAACUUUUCAAAGACAGACCCUUGCCAAGCACCGAACACGAUGUCCUUGCAUCCCAAGACCACCUCAUUAACCGAGCCAUCGCAAUGCACCUUCUCCGAGAAGGGCAGUUCUCGGUAGCUUCUGCAUUUCUUUCCGAGAUCACAGAGAAAAAGGCCGCGAGAAAACAACAAGAGAACGAUUCACAUACAAAUGCGAUGGAUCAAGCGGCAACUCUCCUCGAUAUCGACGAAGUCCCCUCGAGCGAAGUUCGGAAACAAUUUCACACCAUGUAUUAUAUACUGCACGAGUUGAAGGAAAAUAACAACCUGCUUCCAGCGAUACAGUGGUCAAGAGAUAAUAAAGAUGCCCUGGAGGCAAGAGGGAGUAACCUCGAAUUCGAACUAUGCAGACUGCAGUUUGUUUGGCUUUUCCAUGGUGGACACGAACAGCGCGGUCCAACCCCGGAGGGCCGACAUGCAGCCUUGGAAUAUGCCCGGCAGGAGUUCCAAGUGUUCCUGUCCAGGUACUUGCGGGAAAUUCAGCAGUUGAUGGGAGCAAUGGCAUUUUGCCCCAACUUACAAGAUUCUCCAUAUCGGAACAUAUUUAAUAACCCGUCGGCGUGGGCUGAUGUUUCGCAUUCUUUCACCCGAGAGUUUUGUUCGCUUCUCGGGCUAUCGCCGGAUUCGCCCCUAUAUAUUGCUGCUACUGCAGGCGCAAUUGCACUCCCGACUUUACUGAAGCUACAGGCGAUUAUGAAGGCUAAGCGGACGGAGUGGACUACGGAGCAUGAGCUGCCGGUCGAGAUCCCAUUACCGCCGUCAUACCUCUUCCAUUCUAUCUUUGUCUGUCCAGUUUCAAAAGAGCAGACUACCGACGAAAAUCCACCGAUGAUGAUGCCCUGCGGACACGUCAUUGCCGAGGAAUCCCUCAAACGGCUUUGCAAAAACACCCGGUUUAAGUGCCCUUACUGCCCUAAUGAAAGUCACCCAAGGGAUGCCAGAAAAGUAUUUCUCUAA